AUGGUUCAGAUUAGCGAAGUCCGUGGCAAUAGCCGCGACAACCGCACGGCGGCGCACACACACAUCAAGGGUCUUGGGCUCAAUUCCCAUGGCGUGGCGGAUAAGCAGGCCUCUGGGUUUGUCGGCCAAACUUCUGCUCGCGAGGCAUGUGGCGUCGUGGUCGACCUCAUCAAGGCACACAAGAUGGCUGGGCGGGGCGUGUUGCUCGCAGGUGGGCCCGGCACAGGCAAGACGGCGCUGGCGCUGGCCAUCAGCCAGGAGCUCGGCACCAAGAUUCCCUUCUGCCCCAUCACGGGUAGCGAGAUCUACUCGACCGAGGUGAAGAAGACGGAGGUGCUGAUGGAGAACUUCCGGCGGGCGAUUGGGCUCAAGGUCCGGGAGACCAAGGACGUGUACGAGGGCGAGGUGACGGAGCUGACGCCUGAGGAGGCGGAGAACCCGCUCGGCGGGUACGGCAAGACCAUCAGCACGCUGCUGAUCGGGCUCAAGAGCGCGCGGGGCCAAAAGAAGCUGCGUCUGGACCCCAGUAUCUACGAGGCCAUCCAGAAGGAGCGUGUGCAGGUCGGUGAUGUCAUCUACAUCGAGACCAACACGGGUGCUUGCAAACGUGUCGGCCGCUCCGAUGCCUACGCGACCGAGUUUGACCUCGAAGCCGAGGAGUACGUGCCCAUCCCCAAGGGCGAGGUUCAUAAGAAGAAGGAGAUCGUCCAGGAUGUGUCGCUGCACGACCUCGACGUGGCCAAUGCUCGCCCGCAGGGCGGACAGGAUAUCAUGUCCAUGAUGGGCCAGCUGAUGAAGCCCAAGAUGACCGAGAUCACCGACAAGCUGCGUGGGGAGAUCAACAAGGUUGUCAGCAAGUAUAUCAACCAGGGUGUUGCCGAGCUCGUCCCGGGUGUGCUGUUUAUCGACGAGGCCCAAAUGCUAGACAUCGAGUGCUUCACCUACCUCAACAAAGCCCUCGAAUCGUCCAUCUCACCCAUCGUGGUGCUGGCCUCCAACCGGGGGAUGGCCGCCGUCCGCGGCGCCGACGACCUCGUGGCCGCACACGGCGUGCCGCCUGAUUUUCUGACCCGCCUCCUCAUCAUCCCCACGCACCCGUACGAGCUCGACGAGAUCAAGCGCAUCGUGCGCAUUCGCGCGUCGACCGAGGGCGUCCAGGUCACGGAUGCUGCGAUCGACAAGAUUGCGGAGCAUGGUGCGCGGAUUAGCUUGCGGUAUUGUUUGCAAUUGUUGACGCCGGCGAGCAUCCUGGCGCGUGUCAACGGCCGCACCCAAAUCGAUGUCCCCGACGUAGCCGAGUGCGAGGACCUCUUCCUGGACGCCCGCCGCAGCGCCAAUGUGCUGGCAAGCGAGUCCGGUCAGGGUUUCAUCUCAUGA